UAACCUCUCUCUGCCUACAAGAUAAUUUGAAAACAAUUCGAAGAGCAUAUAAAAACCUUGACAGCUGCUGCAAAUACGAUCAGUUGCAAUUGUGAGCCAAUCAAUCAACCACAGCAAUGAAAGUAUUUUUUGUGAUUUUAGUUUUAACAGUAGCGGCCUUGGCCGAUCAUCAUGAGGGCCACGAUGCCCAUGAUCAUGAUCAUCAUGUCCACCAUGAAAGUCAUGACUAUGUUGUCAAACAUCACGAUGAUUUGGUGAAAUUCCGUGAUGAAUGCAGCUCCAAGUUGAAGAUCUCCCCUGAACUAAUGGAAAAGUACAAAUCCUGGGAAUAUCCCGAUAAUGAAACUACACACUGUUACAUGAAAUGUAUCUUUGAACACUUUGGCUUCUUUGAUGAACACAAGGGUUUCGAUGUCCACAAAAUCCACCACCAGCUGGUAGGCGAACAUGGCACGGUCGAUCACAACGAUGAAACUCACCAUAAAAUCGAGCACUGUGCCGACAAGAAUACUCAAGGCAGUGAUGCCUGCACCUGGGCCUAUCGCGGUGGCAUGUGUUUCAUUCGUUCCAAUUUGCAAUUGGUCAAGGGUAGCGUACACAAACAUUAAUUGCACUCAAAUGAAUUGAAAAGAAAAAAAAUAAAUAUUUAACUUGUUGUGUAUGAGAAAACCAUAAA